AUGUCCCUUUCAUCAGCUCGACGUGGGCUUAGAGAUUCCGAGGGUAUUUUCGUCCGGAAUGGGAACAAAAACGUGGCGCGCUCGCUGCGAGAGCCGUGUCUGAAAACAGCCAACUGUAGAAAUAAUUUCAAAGCGAAAUCUUCAAACGGCGUCGUCUUUCGUAGGCUGGCUACUGACCGCGCCGCCGUCGACAGCCAACAACUGAACAACCACAGCCACAUCCCUCGCGGUGGAGGCGCGCCGCCGUGUGUGGCCACAUCCAAUUUAUAG